AUGAAGGUUCAAUGGUGUGUUUUUACUAAGUUACCCUUUAACCUAGUCAUCGCCGUCGCAGGGUUGCCUCGCAGGGUCACCGUCGCUGGGUUGCCGUCGCUGCCUCGCUGGGUCACCGUCGCCGAGGCGCAAUCCAUUCACCGAGAAGCAGUCCUGUCACCGAGCAGCAGUCCAGUCGCCAAGCAAGACUCCAGUGGCCGUCGCAAUCCAAAUCGAGCGCCGAGCAGCCCUCCUGUCACCAAGCCAUCUCCUGCAGAAAGCAACUCCAGAAUGUCUUCUUCGGAGUUGUUGCCAACAAGCAAUGAGGUGCCCAGUGAGCGGACGCCUCUCAUUGGGGGUGAAAUUGUUAAGUCCGCGGUACGUUCUUCAAUGGACAGCGGCGUGCUUACCAAACCCCCGCCCCAUCCUAGAUCAAAGAAGAGGAAGGUUCAUUCAACUAAUGUGGGUGCAACUCCGGGAGCAACUCCAACAAAUCCAUCUCCAAGCACUGUGGAAACUGAUGAAGAGGAUAGCAAGGAUGAAGCUAAUGAAGGUAACAGAAAACCUUCUAGACCUAGAUCUUUGACUUGGGAACACUUUACAAGGGAUCCUAAGUCCAAGCCAUCACAUCCUAGGGCUAAAUGUAAUUGGUGUGGUGCAUCAUAUGCAUGUGACUCUCAUAGAAAUGGUACAACUAAUAUGCAUUAUCAUUUGUUGAACCAAUGUAAAAAAUUUCCUAGGGAGUCGGGUGACCCUAGUCAAACAAUCCUUACCUUCCAACAAAAAAAAGAGGGUGAAGGGGUAUUUACUGCAGUUACUUUUGAUGCUGAAAUGUGUAGAAAAGCCCUUGCUAGGAUGAUAAUUGUUGAUGAGCUACCAUUCAAGUUUGUUGAGGGGGAGGGAUUUAGAUUCUAUAUGAGUAUUGUGCAACCUAGAUUUCCACUUCCGGGAAGGAUUACUGUUGCUAAGGACUGUUGGAAUCUCUAUAUUAGUGAGAAGAAUAGGUUGAAAACUGUGUUCAAGCAACCAAAUCAAUCUAUUUGUUUAACUACUGAUUGUUGGACUUCUGUGCAAAAUCUGAAUUAUAUGUGUCUCACUGCUCAUUACAUUGAUCAUGAUUGGAAAUUGCAAAAGAGGAUUAUUAAUUUUUGUCUUAUUAAAAACCACAAGGGAGAAACAAUUGGUAGAAAGAUUGAGAGAUGUCUUUUGGGGUGGGGGAUAUCUAGAGUGUUCACAAUUACUGUUGAUAACACUAGUUCUAAUGAUACUGCAAUAUCUUAUCUAAGAACUAGAAUGGAGGAUUGGAAUUUACAUCCUUUGAAAGGAGAGCAUUUGCAUGUUAGGUGUUGUGCACAUAUUCUUAAUCUUGUUGUUAAUGAUGGAUUGAAAGAGAUGCAUGAAUCUAUUAGCAAGAUAAGAAAUGCUAUUAGAUAUGUGCGUGCUUCCCCUAGUCGUAUGAAUAGGUUCAAAAAUUUCAUUAAGGAAGCUAGGAUACAAGACAAGUGUACUGUCCAACUCGAUGUUCCCACUAGAUGGAACUCUACAUACACCAUGCUUGAAAGUGGUUUGAAGUUUCAAAAGGCGUUCAAGAGGCUAGGGGAGAGAGAUACAGAAUAUGCUCUAAUGCAAGGUGGUAUUCCGAGGAAUAUUGAUUGGGACAAUGCAAAACACUUUAUGGAAUUCUUGAAAAUUUUUCAUGAUGUUACAAAGAGUGUGUCUGGUAGUUUGCUUGUGACUUCUUCUCAAUAUUUUCAUGAGUUUUGUAAGAUUUUGCGUGUGUUCAAAGCUUCUUGUGGUAGUCGAGAUCCAUUACUUGGGAGUAUGGCUGAGAGGAUGAAGCUUAAGUAUGACAAGUACUGGGGUAACAUUAAAAAUAUCAACAUGAUGAUUUUUGUUGCUGUGAUUCUUGAUCCUAGAUACAAGUUGAAGUUUGUCAACUUUAGCUUUGAAAAGCUAUAUGAUAAGGAUGAUGCUGAUUUUUUGGGUGCAAAAGUGAAAGAAACCUUCUCCAAGAUGUUUGAAUGCUAUAUGAAUGCAAAUAAUGGGGGAAGAUCUUUUACUUCAACAACAAUGGAUGGUGCAUCAGAUGUGGGAGUACCUGAUAGUGACAUGGUUGGUGAUUUUUUUAAGGAGGUGCAUUUUCAUGAGAUCAUCAACAAGAAUGAGGUGGAUUUGUAUUUGAUGGAUGGUUUAGAGAAGCCUGGUGAUCAAAAUACUUUUGACAUAUUGAAUUGGUGGAAGGUAAAUUCUAGCAAGUAUCCUAUCUUAUCCCAAAUAGCUAGAGAUGUCUUAGCAAUGCCGGUCUCAACUGUUGCUUCAGAAUCAGCUUUUAGCACUGGUGGAAGAGUGCUUAACAACUAUAGGAGUUAU